UUGUGCUGUUUUUGUUGCACUGCAGGCAUAUUGAUGGUCACCACAAACUCAUUAGAUGGCGGUUCGUAAUUCAUGGCGGUAUUGAUGGUUUUAGCCGCUGCAUUGUUUUCCUGAGAUGUUCAGCAAAUAACAAGUCAGAAACUGUUACUGCACUUUUUUUAGAAGCAGUCAACCACUUUGGCUUGCCAUCAAGGGUGUGGUCAGACUUUGGUACUGAGAAUGUUGGUGUGGCAGAAUACGUGUUAAAUCAUCCAGAAAGAGGGCCAAACAGAGGAAGCAUGCUAGCCGGCCGCAGCGUACACAAUCAGAGAAUUGAGCGUCUUUGGGUGGAAGUAAAAAACAAUGUGGUUAGCUACUAUCGCAAUCUUUUUUACUUUCUUGAGCAAUGUCAACUUCUUGAUCCUGUUAAUGAGCUUCAUUUGUUUGUCCUUCACUACAUAUUUUUGCCACGCAUUAACAGGACAUUAGGUGAAAUGGCAGGUAGCUGGAACAAUCACCCAAUGAAUACUGAAAGGAACAGAUCACCAGGGCAGCUGUGGCAUUCUGGAAUGACUGCUGCUGCAAACUCUGAGUAUUUAGCUGUACAAAGUGUUUUUGCUAAUGGUCAAGAAAUGAACGAGUUUGGCACGGGGGGUUGACCCAUACCUGAUUGUGACACUGACAAUGAUGUUGAAGUGCCAGAAGUAUGGUUUGGUUUAUCUGAUGAACAGUAGCAACAGUUGCAAGAAAGUGUUGAGCCAUUAUCAGAUGAUGGCAAUCAUGGUGUUACCCUCUAUGUAGCUGCACUCGAAGUUUUGCCCAUAUUUCAGGACUGGGAUUUUCUUCUUUUUCUUCCAAAGAGACAAUUUCAGAAUUGUGCAGACCAUUAAUGUUACCUCUCAAACUAAGGGGGACCCAUUCUUUGAUUUGUUUUCCUAGAGAUGGGAUGACUAUCUAACUACUUAUAAAAUUCAACUGCUUUUCAAGUCAAUUUAUCUAAGAAAGAGUAGCAUUGGACUAAAAAGUGAUUUGAUCCAUUAGUCUUGAUUUAGUUAUACGCCAAGUGCAAUAAUCCUUUCCCCCCUCAGUCAGAUUUGAUGUAUUUGCCAUUUUGUAGGCAAAAAAAACUUAAUAAUAGAACCUUGAUUCACUUAUUUUAUUACAUUAAACAACUUCCACUGUUUUAACAUAACAUGCAGAACUGUAAUAAAUAAGAACCUGUUUACACUGACUAGUUUUACCAUGGAAACCUUAGAUACCUACUGUAGGUGCCUGGUUUAACUUUAUGAGCCA